AUGUCACUCUCAGAAUAUGUUCGUAGAGAGGAUUUGAAAAGUCUCUAUGCGCUUCCCAUGAAAGAAGCAAGCAAAAAACUAGGAGUGAGUGAAAGCAGUUUAAGAAAUAUUUGCAGAAAACACAAUAUUGAAAGAUGGCCGUAUCGAAAAUUCCAACAACUAGAUGCACACAUAGCCUCUCUUCAAAAUGUUGAAGCAUCACAACAAUCCGCUCAACAACGAGAAAUGAUUGAAAGCUUACUAAGAGCAAGAUCAAUUCUCGAAGAAAAUCCAAACAUGACAUGCGAGAUGGCAAUUCUGCAAGCCAACAAACAAAUCAUGUCUAACAAUCCAAAUGCCUCCUCACAAGACAUGACAGCUGUCAUGAUGAUGAUGAUGAUGAAUUCGGCGUCACAAGAAGAUUCCUCUCCAACCAUUUCAUCAUGUGCCGAAAGUGUGGCCCAAUCAUCUGCACAAAUGAAUCCAUCCAAUAAUCAUCAUGCCCAAAAUGGAGCAAACUUUGUGCCUAUUUAUCCAGUUCAUGUGACAUCCCAUCUCUCUGCAAGUGCUGCACUGAGUGCCAUGGCAAGAAGAAAGAAACCAACUCAUGGUGAACUCAUUUCUCCCACACCAUCCAACAACAUGAUUCACAAUUCAAACAUUCCAAAUCUUAAUAACAACAAUGGAUGGAAUUCUUCUUCAAUGAUGACCAUGGGACAACGAUCCAUGCCACAACAACAACAACCAAAUCAACACAUGAUCGAUCCAACAGCAAUGCUUAAACAACAUGUCAACACAAGAUUCACAGAUACUGAACUGAUGCAAUCCUAUGCAACGAUCAAUAAUGGAAACAUUCCAAUCAUGAUCAUUGAUCCACAUCAACAGCAACAACAACAACACCACUCUCCUCAACUCAAUUCACCUUUUUCUCAAGAAUUUUCAGAGAGACGUUUUGCAGUUUCACACCGAGAUUCGGUUGCUCUGAAAUCAGGAUUUUUGACACCCACUCAAAAUUAUCCUGUCAAUGGCAACAAUGCAUUCAUGAUGAAUAAUAACAAUACAACACUUCCAUAUGGAGUAGCACCAAUGGAUGAGAAUGAAAAUGUCAUGAUGGAUUCAAAUGCUGGAGAAAUGAAUCACAUGAUGAGUCAUGAGAUGGCAUCUCAUUACCUUGCUCAACAACAACAAUUCCAUCAGCAACAACAACAACAACCAAUGAACAUGCAACAUGUCCAGAUCACAACAACCAAUGCAGACGGAUUGAUGGAUCCAAAUUCCAAUGAACUGUCACCCAAUGGAGAUUUAACAUCAAAAUCAAGACACAUUUCAUUGUUGAAACAAGCUCGAAAACAGUUACCACAACCAAGAUCUCUUUCUACUUCGACAGCAACGCAACGUCCUCUCAACACACAUCACCCAUUAUGA